GUAGUUGCUCCUCAAUUUCACUAUAUAUAUCCCAAUUCCUUCUUCUCUUCCAGAAUCCACAAUCUUCUCUCUUUACCUAAUAUACAAAUUAAAACCUUCAAAUACUCAUAAAUGUAUCAAUUAUCCAUUUCUACGGAGUUACCUCCGACUAGUUUCCCGGCAGAAUUCCCGGUAUAUUGCCGGACUUCAAGUUUCAGUAGCCUCAUGCCUUGUUUGACCGAAUCAUGGGGUGACUUGCCGUUAAAAGUUAACGAUUCUGAAGAUAUGGUAAUUUAUGGGCUUCUACAAGACGCCUUAAGUAUCGGAUGGACGCCGUCAAAUUUAACGUUCACGGAAGUGAAAGCCGAGCCGAGGGAGGAGAUUGAACCAGCUUCUAUUUUUCCGGAGUUUGUGGCUCCACCGGCGGCGACUGCGGCGGCUCCAGCGGUUGUGCAGCCCAAGGGUAGGCAUUACAGGGGAGUCAGAAAAAGGCCGUGGGGAAAAUUUGCUGCGGAAAUAAGAGAUCCGGCUAAAAACGGCGCAAGGGUUUGGCUUGGAACUUACGAGUCGGCUGAGGAAGCCGCACUCGCUUAUGAUAAAGCGGCUUUUAGGAUGCGUGGCACCAAGGCUCUAUUGAAUUUCCCACAUAGAAUCGGCUUGAAUGAGCCGGAACCAGUUAGAGUGACGGUUAAGAGACGAUUAUCUGAACUGGCUAGCUCAUCGGCUUCAGAAAGUGGCUCGCCCAAGAGGAGAAGAAAAGCUGUAGCGGCUAAGCAAGCCGAAUUAGAAGUUGAGAGCCGAAGACCAAAUGUUAUGCAAGUUGGUUGCCAAAUGGAACAAUUUCUAGUUGGCGAGCAGCUAUUGGUCAGUUAAGAUAUGAGCUAAGAACUCAAAGGCAAGGGCUUGUUUGGUUUGAAGUGGACACCAAACAACAAAACAUUCCACUUGCUUACAAGUGGGGCAAAUAGGCCGUUUGGAUUAUGUGUAUCUGGCGUGGAAAGUGCACUUUUUUAGUUUGUAAUUAAUGAAAAAAAAACACAUUUUCAUAGGCUCGUUUUUAAUUUUAUUGAAUGGAUAAUAUUCUCUA